CGUGCAACGGAUCGGGCAUUUACGCGGAGAACGCGAACGUGCGCGUAUCGUACCGUGUAUUUAUUCGAGGAAGUCCACUUUACCGAUCGAAGGUUAGAUCGUUGUUCACAAGCUGUCGAGCUUACUGUCGAGAGCUUGUUUCCGCGAGCGCAAAACCUUCGCUAUUGGUGGUCCUACACGAUUCGUAGGUGCACGGGUGUUGGCUAUCGAUCCCGCUGUCCCGAUUUCCUGCAUGUUCAUUGGCGCCUCGGUUGCUAACAGUGCGUCGUAUGGUACAGUGCGGGCUCCGUUCGAUCAGUGCUGUGGCCUUAGUAUUACGCUCAAGAUAUUUGUGCAAUUUUUCCCGUUACCACGGGGUGAUUCUUUCUCUUGCGAGCAAGAACGCGUGCUCGAUAGACUUCUCGUUGGUGGUGGUCUGCGGAAUCCUUGAAAAACAAUGGAGGAAUGAUCGUGUCCAUAUUCUUCUGAUACCCUUCAUCCCUCAUGGGCAAACAGCACGCUUCAUCGACUGGCAGCGAAAACAUUAGGAACGAACCAGCUAGCCUAGGAUCAUGGAAUUCUACGACGUGGGAAGCAGCGACCUUAGGGAAUUGUGGGAGUCUUACCUCUCUGAACCGGGCCUUGGUCAGGAUAUUUUAUUGGUAGCCAAGGAAGAAGAAUGGGGUAAUGGAUUGAACGUAAGGGACAAGUCCUCUCUAGGAGUGGUGCUGAGGGAUCGUUUGAUGACGGACGCCGCCCUCGGAGGACCCCGACCGAUUAAAUCGGAACACAAUUACAGCCUGUUGGCUUCCAGCCCUCCGCCAAGCCCCGCAACUCCCGGUGCCAACCCACACACGCCUAAUUCUGGAUCGUCCGCUGAUAGGGUUGGAGCAUCCCUCUCGAGUACCAGUUCCUCCAUCGAUUCGAACAACCUAGGUCAUCAUAAAUCGUUAGACAUUCGUAGCAGAAUCGACGACAUGGAGGAGGAAUGUUUUCCGGCAAUCUCGAUGAACACUGCUUCGGGACACGAUCAAUUGUCGUCCUCCACAUCGUCGUCGCCUACCUCAACAAUUAUUCUAAAGAGAAACAAUAGUCUAGUACCUGAAGAGAUGGAGUGCACCGAGAUCAAAGGAGAACCACUCAGUGCACCUAAUAGUCCCUCUGAAUCCUGUCACGCGACGAUAGGAGACGAUAAGAGCACGAUAACUAUGGUGUUCCCGCAAAAUCUUCAUUUUUCCAAAAGUCACCUAGCGCAGACCAGCGACAGCGAAGAGGACGACGAGGAAUAUUAUCAGAGUAUGGAAGUGGAGGAGUACAACGAAGCGAGCUGCGACGAGAAACCAGGGAACCUACACGCGUCCAGACAGGGUCUGCCUCCAACACCGCCUAGCAGUGCAAGCUCCGACAGCGAGGGCACUGCUUCCGCUUCCUGUUCGCCGGAACGCCGCGAUUCUCAGAGCUCCGCGCACGCACAGAAUCUCAGGGGUUUGCUCACGCCCAGACUGUACGUGACCAACGGCACACACACAACCAGACAGCCUAUACACACACCCUUGAUUUCCUGCCAGCCGAAAGGAUCUACGGGAGUCCUCACGCUGACCGAGGAAGAGAAGAGGACGUUGAUCGCCGAAGGUUAUCCAGUACCUACGAAAUUGCCGUUAACUAAACAAGAGGAGAAAUCGCUGAAGAAGGUUCGCCGGAAAAUCAAGAACAAGAUAUCGGCGCAGGAAUCGCGGCGAAAGAAGAAGGAAUACAUGGAUGGUCUAGAAAGAAGGGUGACCAUGUUGACCAACGAGAAUUCUUCCUAUAGGGAUCGACUGACCGCCCUCGAGGACACCAAUCGCGAACUGCUGAAGGAACUGCAACGUCUGCAAGCUCUGCUUCAAAUGCAGAAUUCUUAGACUGUCAUUUUUCCCGCAUAAAUAUCGAACCAAACGAUAAAAUGGUCCAAAGGCUUUUUUUUCUUAGAAAAAGAAAGAAGUAAAAUGAGGAUUGAUUCAUCGAGACUGAAAGCUGAAACGAGUCUCCGAGAUCCUUGUUUAUAACAUGGAGUUCCUGAUCGUCGAAAUUAGGACGAUGGCUCGUCACGAUGGAAACGAUGCUGUUUUUCGACGUGUAGUAGCUCGUCUCGUAAGACGAGUUACUUACUUUCCAGGGAACAGUGCAAUUCCUUUACAUUCCUGUAAAGUCUUCCUCGCGUAAAGAAAACGGAUCGUGCAAAUGUUUGAAAGACUCGAUCUCUUCGUACGAAUCGGCGUCGUCUUCCCACAGGAAUCGGUCGAUGAAAUUUUUUUGUGCCGGGAGUGCCUUGAUUCGAUGCUUCUUCCUUCGUAAACGAAUACCUUCUCUUCUUCCCGUCUUUGUAUUUUUUAUGUUCUAGUUCUGGAUGUUUGACGAAAUUUAUAUAGUCGUCAAUUUUGCCCGUUAAGCGUUAGAAGGGUCAUCGAUGGACAAUUAAAGAUCUAUUUUAAUAUUACAUUAAUUAUGCAAGGUAGCAGGUACACAUAGUCUCUUCUGCUUUGGCGGUCUUAUUUAAAUAAAGUCAUCGGUGACCAAUCAACAAACUGUAUCGCGAUAAAUUAUUAAUUAAUUCAAGGAAGAUCGAAUCGCAUCCAAAUAUCGAAUUCUUGUUCCCUCUUUUAUGCUUACGUUUAUUCGCCAUGAAGUUCGAUAAGCGAGAUAAAUUAUUCAUCGUCCAUCGCUAAAGUAUUUAACAACGAUGAAAUUAACGUUAGAGGAGCUGCAUCAUUGAUGUUUGAUCCUUCCAUUUUCGUCCAAAUUGAGAAACGAUCGUUCGCAUUAAUUUCGAAUAUUGUAGGUGUAUUGAAAAAAAAGAUCGAAAUCGAUAGAGAAAUAUUUGUAUUAGUGCGUUAGGAAACUGAUUAAGCCGGAAAUAAUUCGCGACGAAAAUAGAUUUGCACAUUUUAUUUGUAAAACGAGUAUUGUUUAUCCAACCUACUUGCGUUGCUGGAUAAGAUUGUUCCAUUAGGAUUUUAACGAUAAUGUAAUUAAUUUUUUAAAAGAAUCGUUGAAAGUUGUUUUAUUUUGUAACGCAUACUGAUUCAAUCAACGAGUUAAUUAUCAUGCAUUGUCUAAUUUAAUAUCAUUAUUUUGUACAACGAGCGGAUUACGACUCUUUAUGCACAUAUAUCGAAAUGUGUUAAUUGACGUAACUGGACAGGGGACUAAACUUCAUAUUAGAAAUUUCCAAAAGUCACUUGGUCAUACCUGGUACAGUUAAAAUCUUAGUUACGUCAAUGCAAAUCAUAUACUGUCUAUAAUAAAUCAUUUACAGUACACAAAAUAAAUUGAUGUUUUCGAACGAAGUUGACUAAAAAAAAUUUACAUAUUUGCAUAAAUAUUCGUAGUCUUGUACCGAAAAUCAUGCCAUGCAAGUUAAUUGUACAUGAAUAGAUUAUUAUUGAAUAUGGAAUGAAAUAAAAGGAAGAUAGAAAUUUUGUGACUUAGGCUUUGCGAAAAAAACAACUGCGCAACGGAUGAAAGAUCACUCGGAGUAUUUUUAGAAACGAACGAGUGUUUUCCGUAUAUUUUCCUUGGCUAUUUAAAGCUCGAAGCUGAAUCUCUGCCGCGUAGAACCGCUUUUACACGAAAUUCGGCAAAGAUACGUGAAGAAUACUAGUACAGAGUUAUAGGAUGUUAAAUAAUAUCGUAAUUAAAAUAGGGAGAGAAGUUAUUUUCUUUUUGCACAAUAUUACAAAUACUUAAAAUUGUAUAUAAGCGUUUAGGUAAGAGUAACUUAAUUGCGAGUUUUACAUUUUACAAAGUGAAUUAUUUCAAAAUUUCUUUCAACCAUCCAUAGAAUUAAAACUUGCCUUGCAUGGCACGAAACGCAUCGAGCCAGAUCCUUUUUUCCCGCGAAAUCGUUAACGAUUAAGAUAGCGUUGAUGCAUUGUAAAACGAAACAAUUCAUAGGGACCAGUCCGCGUUAUCGUGUAUACCAGAGUGUAACGUAGGCUUCCUUCGAUCAAAGAUAAGUGCAGGAAGAGAAGCCCUGCACUUAUCGCGAAACCGGGGAAAGUCGUUCUUUCUUCCUUUCCUCCUAGCAUUUUUAGACCUAAAUGUGUAUUACAGGUUUCAGAGAGGCGACUAUCUCCGUACUCGUUUGUCGAGAUCGCGUUAACUAAGGGAAGCUUACGUUGCUCCCAAUUGCACCAUGAAAAUUGUGUUCGUUGAAGCUCGUUAGAUUAGAAUCGUUCUAAUCCGAUAAGAGGAUCGUAAAUUCGUGUAUGUACAAAAUGCCAAUUCAAUGUUGUUCCGCGAAGAACACGCAGAAAGAGUAAAAUUUAAUAUAUUCUAUAAACGAAGCUUUAUAUUUAAAUAAUUAUAUAUGUAUACAUACAUAUUAUAUAUACAAAUAAGAUAUUUCUAUAUAAACAGAUAAUAUAUGUAUACACUACGCGAAGUACGUACCAUACACACUCGGUGUGCUGUUAUGUAUGUAUGUGUCUGCGUGCAUGUGCGUGUAUGAGACUAGUGAACAUCAGUUUUUAUCGUUGUUAAUGCGAAAUUGUAUCGCGUUGUUCGUGAAAUUUAUUAGCUACAUUGCCGUUUUGCGUGUAUAUUUAUCUACAGAGUUUAGAUGUGUGUGUAUCGGUAUAUAUGUUCUUUUCUUUUUUUGUGGAUCGUUAGUACCAGUGAUGGACGAGCGUGCACUCGCGAGCACUGUUGGGCAGUAGUCUACAGACCAUGUGUUCAUCGAUUAUCAGGAGUGGAGGAUGUCUCUGCGUUUCCCUAGGUCUUAGACCUCCAUGAGUUUUCUCCCUAGAUUUUCUACAGACUUCUUAGGUUCUCAAGCCUCUUCCUUCAUAAGCUUUCUGUAGGUUCUCCCUGAGUUGCCCUAAGUACUAAAGCUCUUUCGCGGACACUGAUCUGCCCAUCGCUGGUUAACACGACUUAUCCUAUUAUCUGUAUGAGUAAGCGUCUACGCGAUGGCAAUGUGCGAAGCAACGUGGUUGGCGUAGCACGUGGUCCACCUCUAUUUGUGUAUCACGAUGAAUAAAAACAUGUGACUUAA